AAAAAACAAAUCUGAAAAGGAAAGGAAAAUUUGAAAUUUGAAAAAUUUCCAGACAUCUCGGAAAGUCAGGUUUUUAUCGAGUUCCAAGUUUUAGUACCUACAAAUUCCACAUAAAGCCAAACAUUAACUGCAACCAGUUUAUUUUCAGUUAUAAUUUGCUAUCCAUAGAAUUUAUAUUAGGUACAAUGUUAACUUGUUUCCGAUUUUAUCAUGUUACACACAAUCUAUGUAGUGUCAAGAAACAAGCUCUAAAACUUACAAAAAUGAUCAAUCCUAAAAACAAAAAGCGAUGGUAUCCUACUCAACAAUUCGAAUCUGACUCGUUGCCUACAGUGAAAAGCUUAGCUAAAACUAAAUAUGAACCAGGAAAGCGAGCAAAUCGUAGAGUAGCUAUGUUAAACAAAUUGUUUAUGAAACAAGUUACUGAUCUUAUGUCAACUGGUACUGUGUCAAUAGAUAUAGUAGGGCGAGGUAUUGAAAUUUCAAAAGUCCAAAUCACACCUGAUUUUCAAACUGUAAAAGUUUUUUGGGUAUGCAAGGGAAAUGCUACGGAUGAAGAGACAGAGGCUGUUUUAAAAUCCACUGCUGGUGCACUCAGACAUGAACUGUCCACAUUGAGGGUUAUGGGAGAAGUCCCUUACAUUACUUUUGUUAAAGAUCAGCAAGAGGCACAUGUCGUUGAGCUAGACCGGCUCUUGUCUGUGGCUGAUUAUGGGGAGGACUAUGAGCCUACAGAGUUGGGACACCUGCUCAAGACAGAGUUCACAUUAAACACUAAGCUGUCACCAGAGAUGAAGGCCAAAAUCAAGCAGCUUGAGGACGAAUUGCCUCUAGAAGAUGAUCCUAUACCGGAGAUGACUCACGACGUAUUCGGAUUGGACCAUGCCAGGAUAUUAAGUCGCCUUCUAGCUACCAGAAAGAAGACUAGAGAAGCGUGGGUAAACGUCGAUGCCCGUAACGAUGACGUCAUCUCGUACAGAGCCCUCGCAGUGAAACCGAUUGACGAUGACUUAAGCAACCAAAGGAAAGAGCUGGCCGAUUUCUUGUUGAAGAGAAAGAUAUUGCAAAGUAAGAUUUUGAAGCAAAUGCGGUUAGACCGGGAGCAUACGCAGAUUCAAUACCAAGACAACCGACCGGAAAAUAUUGACGACGAACAUGACUUAUACGACUUAGAUGAUGAUGAUGAUGAAGAAGAUGAUUAUUUCUACUACGAAGACUCCACGAUGAAGAGUUCGAACCGCCCUGAUGAUACAAUAAGUUAAAAUGUAUGUCAUAAUGUUUUUUCUUGUUCCUGUAUUACAUGUUAAUAAAUUAUUGAAUUAC